AGAAUAUAAUAAUAUCAAUCACAAAUCCUACCCCACAACCACCAUUUCAAGUGCAGCCCAAAUUUUCUAUCUGGGUCCUUUGUUUUUGUUUUUGUUUGCGUUUCGUUCUUAGCUUAACUCCAAUCCUCCAUUAAAGGCUUUUCUUUGUCUACUACUCUGCCAUUAAGAGCAACUUUUUUUUCUUCAUCUACUCUGUUUCUGAGACAGAGCUUGUUGGGGUUCUUUGAGUUUAUUUGGUUUUAUUAGUUCAGUUUUAAAAUCCUUAAUAAUAGUUUUAGUUGGGUGGGUGGGUGCCAUAGAAGAACAUGUGGGGCUUUAUUCUUUGUCUCCCAAGCAAAAGUACAUGUUGAAUUCUUUUGGAUCUGCAAGCGUGAUCUUGGGGACGGGUCUGUGCUUAGUGACCUGCCAUUGGUGCAGAACCAAGCAUGUCCUUUUGUACUAAGUUCUACUUCUCUCUUUUUAUGUUUUUAUUAUAGCAUCUCUUUUAUUCGGUGUACUUUAAUUGUGUGAUGCACAAAAGGGUCUACUUUGGUUAGUCAGUUUAUGCUAGUUCUGUUCCUAUUUUAGAGAGAGAGAGAGAGUUUUAGAAGAAGAAUAAGAAGAAGAAGAAGAAAAUGGGAUCUGGUAAUGGGAUUUACUCAGAGGGAGAGUUCAGUUUGGAUGCAAAGUGGCUGGUUGAUCCUAAGAAACUUCUUGUUGGGCCAGAGAUUGGAGAGGGUGCACAUGCCAAAGUUUACAAGGGGCAAUAUAAAAAUCAAACUGUUGCUAUUAAAGUUGUUCAUAGGGGAGAGACCCCAGAAGAAAUUGCCAAGAGAGAAGCGCGGUUUGCCAGAGAGGUUGCAAUGUUAUCCAGAGUCCAACACAAGAAUCUAGUGAAGUUUAUUGGUGCUUGCAAGGAACCUGUUAUGGUGAUAGUAACUGAACUUCUAAUGGGUGGGACGUUGCGUAGAUACUUGUUGAAUUUGCGGCCAAGCUGCUUGGAUAUGCAUGUGGCAGUCGGGUUUGCACUUGAUAUUGCUCGCGCUAUGGAAUGCUUACACUCCCAUGGGAUCAUUCACCGGGAUCUGAAACCUGAGAAUUUGAUCUUGACCGCAGACCAUAAAACAGUUAAACUUGCAGAUUUUGGUUUAGCUAGAGAAGAGUCAUUAACAGAGAUGAUGACGGCUGAAACAGGAACAUAUCGUUGGAUGGCUCCAGAGCUUUACAGCACAGUCACGCUGAGGCAUGGGGAAAAGAAGCAUUACAAUCACAAGGUGGAUGCCUACAGCUUUGCAAUUGUGCUGUGGGAGCUCAUCCACAAUAAAUUGCCUUUUGAAGGCAUGUCAAAUCUACAGGCAGCAUAUGCAGCCGCUUUUAAGAAUGUGAGGCCCAAUGCUGAAAACCUCCCUGAGGAUUUGGGUUUGAUUGUGACUUCAUGUUGGAGAGAGGACCCAAACACUCGACCAAACUUCAGCCAAAUUAUACAGAUGCUCUUGCAUUAUCUGUCUACUAUUUCACCACCAGAGCCCAUUAUCCCUCCUCGGAUAUAUGCUUCAGAGAAUACUGUGUUUCCGCCAGAAUCUCCUGGUACAAGUUCCUUAAUGGCUGCAAGACAUGACUCAGGGGAAACCCCAACAUCCAACAUAGAAGACAACUCUGUAGGUUUUUUCAGUUGCUUUAGACAUUGCUACUGAUCCCAUAUAAUAAUUAUUAGUCAAGUUCAAUAAACUAAAGUCUCAGAUAUUGCAAAAAUACUACAUCUUACUUCAAAAAAAAAAAUAGUAAAUUUGCUCAAACUUAGUUAGUUUAGUAAGUUGACAUAGGAAAUUAUGUUGGAGCUGAUGUUAUGGUCAAGAAGCCUUCACUGAGUUCUGGAGUUGGGGUUGCUGAGAUGUUGUUUGACUUGUUUCAUUGUAAAAUAAGGUCCGUCCAAAGGCCUUCACUCCUAUUACAUGUAUGCAAGAAAUCUUCCAGAUUAUGUAACGACUGUUAACAUUCUAGUGCUAAUGAAUUGUAUCAGAUUUAUUAAUA